CCCAGGGGUCUUGAUAAGAGGGCUAAGCCCCCUGCAGCGAGCAGGCCCUUCCCUCUAGGUGAAGGGCCCCACCCUGGGCAGUGGGGACAGGAGACCAGACCCUAAGACCUGCCCUGGAGGAGCCUGUUGGGGUGUGGGAUUGGGUGCAGGACCGGGAUGCCUGUGUGACUACCAGUGUGCUGGGAAGUGGGAGGCCUUAGGAAAGGGUAGCUUUGCAUCCAGGGGUUGUGACAAACCUGUCAUUUGCAAGGGCCUGUUGAGCCAGGAGAUACCUGGGAAUGGGGUGCUCCAGGCAGCAGGCAUGGCCUGUGCAAAGGCCCUGGGGCCGCAUUGGGCCUGGCGGCUGGGACAAACAGCAAGGUGGCCCAUGUGGCUGGAGCAGAGUGGGCGACUGGGAGAGAGGGAGGGGGCAGGGCAGGGACGGGCAGGUCAUGCAGGACCCGGGGACCUUAAGGAGAACUCCAGCUUUGACCCCAAGGAAGUGGGUGCCCCGGGUGUGUGUCCACGAGAAGGGAUGAGAUUGCUGUAUGGAAACCUGGAGGGACAGGCAGAGAGGACGGCGAGGAGGCUCCGCCCAGGCGGGUGAUACCCUGACCGUGGCCAGCAUUACAUGGAGGUGGUGAAAGGUGGGCAGAUUCUUGUUUUUUUUUGUCAUUUUUUAAAUGUGGUAGGACUCAUCACAUGUAACUUACCAUCUUAGAGUGCACAAUUCAGUGGCAUUAAGUACAUUCUUACCCAUCACCUCUCGUUCCUAAACAUUGUCAUCCCAGGAAACCCUGUCCUGUGAGCACCCCCUCCUCUGCCUCCCCAGCCCCUGGCUGCACAAACCCAUGUUCAGUCUGUGGAUUCACCUGUUGUGGGCAUUUCACAGAAAUGGGGUCACGUGCUGUAUGGCCUGUGUCUGGCGGGAGUCUCUGAGCACCGUGUUCAGGGCCCGUCCACCUGCAAAGCAUGGCAGGGCCUUGCUCCCUUGAGUGGUGAGGGAUGUUCCACGUGUGGAUGGAACCCGUUUUGUUUUGUUUGUCCUGCAGUCAGUGGGCAUUCGGGUUGUUUCCACUUCGGCUGUUGUGAACACAGGUGGGCGGUUUUUGCUGUGGAUAUAUUUGGGAAACAGGAAGGACUGCCUGGGGGUGAGGUGGGAGAGGUGAUAAGAAGGGGCUGCUGGAGCCCCAGGUCUGGUCCAGAAGCUGUGGGCUCACACCCACAGCCCACCCACAGCCAGACACCCUUCCCCUGCUGCCUGCCUUCCAGCCUCUGCUGUGGGCUGGGGAGGGAGGAGCCAUCUGAGCUGUUGCCAGGACACAGGGCGGCCUUUGUUGCUGUCAACAAUGGCCCACAGGCCUUCUAGGCAGGAGCCCGGACUGGCACCCAGAGGCAGACAUGCAGACACUUGGGUGGGCAGCUGCCUGGCCCUACGUGCCCCGCAGGACCCUUGAAGUGGACUUCCCAGCACCUCUCUACAGCGAUGACUACCUGUCCCAGGAGGGGCCUCGCGGGGCGCCAGUCAUCAAGCAGGCAACAGGCUGGAGUUAUACACCCAUGGGACGCGAUGCCUCCGGCCAGCUGUGGUACACUGGCCUGACCAACUCGGAAUCCCGGGAAGCCUGGUACACGCUCCCACGAGCCCCGGACAGCCCGUACCACAAGGCUUACGCCUGCUGGCAUGGAUGCUACAGCCACCGGGAGCGGAACAUGCCCUCGGCCUACACCCAGCACCUCCGGGAGACUGCCUGGCACGAUCCCAUCAUCCCUGCCCAGUACAGGGCCCCCAGCACGCGGUGGGGGAGUAUGCGGUGGACAGACAGGCCCAGCCGGGGAAAGGAAUACGCAGUCAAUAGGCACCGAUAUGGGAUGGAGCCACUGUGGCAGGUGUCUGACUAUGUGCCGGCACUGUCGGUGCCCCAGCGCCCAUGCUACACCACCCAGAACUACCAGCAGUGGGCCCUGGAGCCCUACUGCCCCUCCACCAACCAGCGGCCCCCGCCCAGCUCCCCACCUACUAACUGGUAAAGGCCAUGCUUCCCAACACCA